AUGGGAGGUACACCAAGACUACCAAUCCCUCCUCUCCUUAACGAGACAUGUGUUUCGCUGAAUACUCAGAACUACAGCGUCAUGUUCAAUACAAGUCAGACUACAGUGUGCAGUAUCAGUGCCGCCACAGUACAGAACGCAGACAUGUAUAAGAAAAUAAUGAUUAUCUUCAUAAUAUUGUUCUCUGGGUCCGUCUUUCUUCUUUGCGGCCUCUGUUUAUUGAGGUGCAAAGAACCAACAAUACCCUCCAGAUACAGCAUCUCAGAAGACUUAGUGCCUCAUGAAGAACCAAGUCACGAAGUAAGACCAGCCAUACCGCCCGCACCGCAAGGAGACACGAACGGCUACAAAAGAGCAGUAAUGGAACUUCAUUACACACCUUCCUACUCAGUUCAUCGGCGGUUGCACCACAUGUACCUUCAGUUACUCAACGAGCCCCGAGCUGCGAUUCGUCAGAAAGAGAAUAGAUAUGUUGAUAUGAAGUAUGAGGACGAUUUCACGACGCAGAGGAGAACAAUCACGAUUGUAGAGGAUUUACUCAAGAAUCCUGCUUAUGCCGGACAGCAAGCUUUAGAUGCUUAUGAUCUGGAACGAGAACGGCGAGGAGGGCCUCACCAGGGUCCUUCAGAGAACGCUCGCAAUAACCCCACUCGUUAUCAGGCAUCACCGCUUGUGUUGAGCAUGCUUCAAUUAGGAGAGGAAGCGAUAGCGAUCAGACAGGGCAAACCAAGGGCGCUGAUCAGGACGGAGAGGGAACAUGUACUUGCCAGAUACACUGCAGGGGACAAGACUGAGCAGGUGAUAAGGGAGAUGCGUUAUCAGAGAGCAAGAAGAAGGAAUGCGGAUGGUGAUGUAAGUUUGCAGGGGCUGAGAGCAAUAUCUUUUUUGCCGGGUAUCGACGAGGAUGAAUCGCCGCCUGAAUAUAGUAGAUGA